AUGGCCUUCGCCCGCACCCUAUCUUCCCCUCCCGUAAAUUGGAGUAGUUCUGUUGAUUGUUGCCAUUGGAAUGGCAUCACUUGUAAUCAGGAGGGUUGGAUCACCCAUUUGCUCUUACCUUCCAAUGGGCUCAAAGGAGGUAUGUUUGUCUCAUCACUUGGAAAUCUCACACAUCUCACCCACUUGAACCUUUCCCACAAUUCACUUUAUGGCACACUUGAAACCAAAUUCUUCUCGUCCUUGAAUCACCUCGAGAUCCUUGAUUUGAGUUACAACCUUCUUUCUGGAGAGAUACCGUUUUCUCUACCACCCAAAAAUAUUCAGACAGUAGAUUUGUCAAGUAAUCACUUCCAUGGUGCAAUUCCAUCUUCUUUCUUCCAACGAGCUUGGAAUUUGACUAGUUUCAAUGUUAGCAACAACACCUUCUCUGGGUAUAUCCCUUCAUCUAAUUGUCUUCGAUCCUCUCCUUCCAUAAGAGUAUUGGAUUUUUCCUCCAAUGAAUUUAGUGGCAACUUUCCUCGUGGGCUCGGGGGGUGUUCCAAACUGCAGAUUCUUCAUGCUGGUCACAAUAAUUUGUCAGGAUCACUUCCGGAAGAUAUUUAUAACGCUACCAAACUUGAUGAACUUGUAUUACCUCUCAAUUCACUAAGUGGAGCCAUUAGUGAAAGAAUUGCCAACCUCACCCACAUCACAAUGCUUGACCUCUAUUUUAAUCAUUUGAGUGGGGUGAUCCCUCUCAAUUUUGGGAAGCUCUCCAAGUUGAAAUUCAUGAAUUUUGAUUUCAACAACUUAGAAGGUAAGUUGCCCCCAUCUUUGAUGAAUUGCACAAACCUCGUAGAGCUGCAUUUGGGAUACAACCACUUGGAAGGAGAUCUCUCCAUGCUUAACUUUUCCACACUUAACCAUCUUACUAAACUCGACCUAGUGAGGAAUAAUUUUUCUGGUAUCUUACCGAUAAGCCUUUACUCAUGCAGGUCCCUAAAAGCAAUUCGGUUGAGUGAUAAUCCUUAUGUAGAAGGACAAAUACAACCUGAGAUUGUUUCAUUGAAAUCCUUGUCCUUCAUCUCGCUUGGUUAUUUACGGUUGACCAAUCUCACAAGGGCAAUUAAGAUAUUAAUGGGUUGCAAAAGUCUUCGCACACUCAUCCUUGGUGGUUCGUUUGAUCGCGAGACAUUGCCAACUGAUGAUGACAUGGUUGAUUUUCAUGGAUAUCAAAAUCUCCGUGUCUUCAGUUUGGCUAACUCUGGGCUCACUGGUCAAAUACCUGGUUGGUUAUCAAACUUAAAGAAUCUACAAUUGUUGUAUCUGGGUAUGAAUCAAAUCACAGGGUCAAUUCCAAGUUGGUUGGGGACUCUUCCAAAACUCUUAAGUGUGGAACUGUCAAACAAUCAGAUUUCAGGUGAAUUUCCAAAGCAACUUUGUAGAUUACCAAUGUUAAUGGUGAAUGCAUCUCAAGUAGACAGUUAUGAAUUUGAACUUCCCCUCAUUGGCGGAAAAAUCGAAAAUCCAGUUUUUGUGCCGCGUAGAGUGUCUUACUAUCAAGGAAUAAUAGACUUAGCGGUCAAUAACAUUAGUGGCAUUAUACCUACUGAGAUCGGCCAGUUGCUGCUUCGUGAGUUGUAUCUUGAAGAAAACAACUUCUCCGGAGAAAUUCCAGAUCAAAUAUCUAACCUAAAGUAUUUAGAGGUUUUGAACCUCUCCACGAAUCAUUUGUCCGGAAAAAUUCCCUCCUCAAUAGCAAGCCUCAAUUUCUUGAGAGAAUUUGAUGUCUCAUACAAUAAUCUCCAAGGACAAAUACCAACGGGUACACAACUCCAGAGCUUCGACGCUUCUGCAUUUGAGGGAAACCUUCAACUUUGUGGUGCUCCACUAAAUGAGUGCAGAAAAAUUGAUGCGGAUAAUAAGAACAACGUUGACCAAGGUGUGGACAAUGAAUUCAACUGGCUUUAUGUUUUUGCAGUCUUAGGUUUCAUUGUUGGAUUUUGGGGAGUUUGCGGUUCUUUAGCUCUUAAGAAGACAUGGAGGUAUGCAUAUUUUCAGUUCCUGGAUAAAGUACACGAUUCGUUCUAUGUGAAGAUGGCAGUGUGCAUAGCCAAGAUAAAAAGAAUGAUUAGGGACUAG